AUGGCCGGCUCCCUCACCGACGAAGACCGCGAACGCGCUGCUGAGGCUGAGCGCACGCAGAAGGCUGCCGCCGACGAACGGGCACGUCUGGCAACCGAGCGUGCCCGCCUUGAAGGUGAACAUGCGCGCCUCGAAGCCGAGUUUCAGUGCCUCCGUGACGCUGAACGCGCUCACCACGCCCAGCGCGAUGCACUGGAAGUCGCCUCCAUCGCGGCUCUCCAUGCCCAAGCGGUGGCCGUCAUCAACAUCCGCUCCCUCAUCCCCGUCGUCCUCGACGGUGAGUCGCCGAACUACACCACGUGGCGCAGUCUGUUCCUUCUCGUCGUCGGCAAGUACGAGCUCUCCGACCACGUCCUCUCCGACAUCGCCUACCCCGACGUUCCGUCCUGGGUUCGCAUGGAGUGCACCGUCCUCAGCUGGCUGUACGGCACCAUCUCCAGCAAACUCGUCCAGGUCGUCAUGACGCCCACGUCGUCCGCGCGUCGUGUCUGGCUCGGACUCGAGGAGCAGUUCGUUGGCAACAAGGAGACACGGGCGUUGUACAUCGACGCGGAGUUCCGCACAUUCUGCCAAGGCGAUCUCUCCAUCUCCGACUACUGCAGCAAGAUGAAGAAUAUGGCCGACGCCCUCGGCGAUCUGGGCGAGCCCGUCCUCGACCGCACUCUCGUUCUCGCCGUUUUGCGCAGCUUGAACGAGCGGUUCUCCUACAUGGCUGCUCUCAUCAAGCGGACCAAGCCAUUCCCGUCCUUCUCCGAGGUUCGCGCGGACCUCAUGCUUGAAGAGCUCACGGCGAAGAACAAACCCACCGAGCCCUCUGCGUUCCUGGCCGCGGGCAAUGGCAGCGGCGCGCGUUCCAGCGGCGUCAACAACAACGGCGGCAGCAGCGCCGGAGGCCAUAGCGCCGGCGGUGGUGGUCGCAACAAGAACCGCAACCGGCGUGGCGGGCGCGCCAACAACGGGGGCGGCGGCGCUCCCGGUCAGAACGGCGGCGGACACCCUGCACCACGCCCCGGCUCUCCUGCGCCGACUCCCGUUUUUGAUGUACAAUCUUGA